GGUGCGCAGCGUCCCACCAAUCAGAGGCCGACACGGACUCCCGUUGACUUACAAUAGGCCAGGGUGGGAGAGGGGUAACGGCGAUGCGACUUAUUAUAAAAGAAGCGAUAACAGAAAAUCUGAAGUUAAAUAAACCACGCGAAGGUGUUUAUAUAGGAAUAAAAAAAACAAAACAAGAACGCUGAAAUCUGUUGAAACCGAAGCGAACGUUAAAAACUGUUUUCAUUUGCAUUCGUGGCUGGCUGCUGCGUGUUGGUACAGUCCGACAAGCGGCGCUUUCAUUGCAAAGAGGGGAGCGCGGUUCAUGAAAACAUCAAACAAACAGAGAAGAGCGGGGAAUUCAUUUUAUACACCGAGAGGAAAAAAAACAACAGUUUUUAUUUAGCAAUAUUCAAACUGAGGCCGUAGGUUAAAAACGUAAGGAUUCAUUUAAUACAUAUUUCGUAUGCAGCGUUGGUUCGUCCCAUACCGGAAGUGAGGUGUCCUUCCAGGAUCUGUGGCGUGAAAAUAAACUGGUGGAAGACGGAAAGGGAGAAGAAAACCCAGUGAAACCAGUACAAACUAACGGGACUGGAGCAUCUGAACCAGUCACACGUGUGUUUACCAGUGACCCAGGGACGACUAGGAGGUGAGCUGACCGGGGAGAGGGGCCUGCAGCGGGCUGGAAAAUCGCUUUCCCCCUUGUGCGUUGCUGUGCCAUGGUUCGAGCCAUGGUGGUCACAGCCACGAGCCUGGCUCUCACCACAGCCGUGGUCGCCCACGCCUACUACCUGAAGCACCAGUUCUACCCCACCGUGGUGUACCUCACCAAGUCCAGCCCCAGCAUGGCAGUGCUGUAUAUCCAGGCCUUUGUGCUCGUCUUCCUGCUUGGGAAGUUCAUGCGCAAAGUAUUCUUCGGACAGCUCCGCGCUGCUGAGAUGGAGCACCUGAUUGAGCGUUCCUGGUACGCAGUGACAGAGACCUGUCUUGCCUUCACGGUGUUCAGGGACGAUUUCUCUCCUCGCUUCGUGGGGCUCUUCACCCUCCUCCUCUUCCUCAAGUGCUUCCACUGGCUGGCGGAGGACCGCGUCGACUUUAUGGAGAGGAGCCCAAACAUCUCCUUCCUGUUCCAUUUCAGGGUUGUCACUCUGAUGGCCCUGCUGGCCACGCUGGACUUCGUGUUUGUGACUCACGCCUGUCACAGCAUCAUGACUCGAGGAGCCUCGGUGCAGCUCGUCUUCGGGUUCGAGUAUGCUAUCCUGAUGACGAUGGUACUGACGACCUUCAUCAAAUACUUCCUGCACACCCUCGACCUGCAGAACGACAACCCGUGGGAGAACAAGGCCGUGUACAUGCUGUACACUGAGCUGUUCACAGGAUUCAUCAAGGUGCUUCUCUACAUGGCCUUCAUGACCAUCAUGAUCAAGGUGCACACCUUCCCUCUCUUUGCUAUCCGGCCCAUGUACCUGGCCAUGAGGCAGUUCAAGAAAGCCGUGACGGACGCGGUCAUGUCAAGAAGAGCCAUCCGCAACAUGAACACGCUGUACCCGGACGCCACGCCGGAGGAGCUGCAGGCCACGGAUAAUGUGUGCAUCAUCUGCAGGGAGGAGAUGGUGACGGGAGCCAAGAGGCUGCCCUGCAACCACAUCUUCCACAGCAGUUGCCUGCGUUCCUGGUUCCAGCGCCAGCAGACCUGCCCCACGUGUCGGAUGGACGUGCUUCGUGCCGCGCUGCCCAAUCAGACGCAGGCUCCACCCCCUGCGCAGCAGCCAGCCCCGCCCCCUCCCCAGCACCAACCGGCGCCCCCGCCAGCCAACAUGCCUCAGGGAAUGAUGCCUCCCUUCCCUCCUGGGAUGUUUCCUUUCUGGGGACCGUUCCCUGCCGCGGCCCCCCCUGCAGGGCCCCCCAACGCAGCGCAGACCCCCCCUGAGACCACCCAGCCUUCCGGAGCAGCUCCCGCUGGUCCCAGUACCUCUCGGCCCGGCCAGACUGGGCAGGAGGCUCCUCCCAGCGGUGCUAUCCCAGCAUUCCCCUUCUCCUUCCCUCCUCCCUUCCCAUCAGCCCCCUGGAUGGGCAUGCCGCCGCCUCCCCCCUUCGGGAUGCCCUCCGUGCCGCUGCCCCCUGCUGGUUUCUCCGGUCUCUCGGAGGCAGAGCUGAGGUUGAUGGAGGGUCACGAGCGCAGGAACCUGGAGGCACGUCUGCAGACUCUUCAGAACAUCCACACCCUGCUGGACGCGGCCAUGCUGCAGAUCAACCAGUACCUGAGCGUGCUGGCCACCAUGGGCCCCCCCAGGCCUGCCCCCCCCAGCACAGACCCAGCCGAGGGGUCUGACCGCGAGACAUCGCCCCCUGCAGGAGCCUCCGGGAACACGGCAGAGACCCCACACGUGGAGAGCGGCGGGGAGCUGGAAGGGGCUGUGGGGUUCUCCCCCCCUCCCCCCGACUCCACCACUGUGGGAGAGGAGGAGGAAGGGGAGGAGGAGGAGGGGGUGCCGAGCACAGCCGAGCUGCGAAGGAGACGACUGUGCAAACUGGAGACCACGGCGCCCCCUGCUGAACACUGACACCUACUGCAGCACAGCCCUCACUCUCGCUCUCACUCUCUCUCUCUCUGUCUCUCUCCGGCAACCCUGAAUUCAGAGCUUUUCAAUCCCAAUUCUACAGAUAAAACUUUUUUAGUCAGUAAAGCAGACAGAUGUGGGUUUUUUUUUUU